AUGGCUCACUAUUGAAGCCCACCCGGCUUACUGACGUCUGACGGUGAACCGGUGGAAUUGGAAAUAUAUGUUUUAAGAUGACCUCAGGACACUGUUUGACGCUUCUAUUCAUUUCUCUCUUGAUUGGAAAUUCCAAUUUUGUUGUUAAAGCGUCACCUACACCUACAGCUUGGUUUUCAGCUCAAUCCUUCCCAUCAGCCCCACCAGCGUCACCUACACCUACAGCUUGGUCUUCAGCUCAAUCCUUCCAAUCAGCCCCUCCAACGUCACUUACACUUACAGCUUGGUCUUCAUAUCAAUCCUCCCAAUCAGCCCCACCAGCGUCACCUACACCUACAGCUUGGUCUUCAGCUCAAUCCUUCCUAUCGGCCUCUCCAGCGUCACCUAUACCUACAGCUUUGUCUCCUACAGGCGGCCCAUCAACUGCCCAAGAGAAAGACACAGGUGGGAAGACCACUGAAGCCCCGAGUCGGUCUGAAAAGAAAUUAUUAAUCGGGUUAGUUGUUGCUUAUAUCACCGUCCUAGUACUUAUCGCGGUCACCUUCCACUGGAUAUCCCGCCGGGAAAAAAUGAAAGCAGCAAAAGGAACUGAGUUCGAGAUGGACGCGUCAGCGCUGUGUGGAUCAGCGGCAACAAGGUUGGGGAACAUCAGUGAACCGGAAGUUGGCAUAACUCACCAGGCAUUUGCUGAAGACUCUGAGAAUCCAGCGAAUGAAACUGUCCCUGAAUCACAGGAAGUUCCUGUUCAGUUUUCGGAAGAUACGAAGUUUUAAAUGUUGGACAAUUUAUUAGUAAACUUUCAAGCCGCAUUCCUUUAAAAAUUCUUGUAGAUUUAUAAACUAACAGUCUCGUAACAUCAUUUUUUCAUUCUUGGUAACAGUUGGAUGGCGAGCCAUGAUUUGCAAGAGUAGCUAAGUUCCUCAAAGAAGUAGUAUGCAGCAGAAGCUGACGCUAGCUAAUUUUUUUCACCGCCAUUGAAAUAGAAUCCCUGAAGUUAUUACAUUGGACGCUAUUCAUUAGUUCAAAGAAUAGCCCAGCUCUUCGAGAAUUCUCUUUGAAUGUGAUUUAUAAAAUACGUAUAUAUUUGAAUCUUGCUUUACCAAUCACCUGAAACGAAGAAAAGCCUCGCUCCACUUUAGUACAACUUUCAGUGUUCUUCGUAAAAAUUUGAAGUUGCAAGGAAAGGC